AUGCUGCCUGAUUUUCAAUCAGGUUAUAUUUCAAUUCUGAAUAGCGUGGGGUCGCACCCGCUGCAGCUGUGGGCCUGCUGCACUGCAGCAGCAGGGGCCUCCGUAGCAGCAGCAGCAGACCGGGAGUUGGGGGGGGCCCCCGUGGUGGAGCUGAGGGGCCCCCUUCGCUGCUGCUGCAUUUGCUGCCCGCCGGAGCCGCAGCGGGCCCUCAAGAUAACUUUGCCAGUUAUUGUUCUUUUGGUUAAAAAUCUCAACAAACUGUUUUCUUUCGAAGUGCAAAUAUAUGACAGCAAAAAUACAAAGAGAAGGUUCAGGGCUUCCAACUUCCAGAAAACGACGCGGAUCAAGCCGUUUCUGUGCGCGAUGCCGCUGCGCAUGGACAGCGGCUGGGUGUACGUACACCUGAACUUGGCGGAACUCACCCGCAAAGCCUUCGGCACUCAUUAUAAUUAUACUUCUAGAGUUUUAAUUCACUCGAGUUGUCGUCUGCAGCGAGUGUUCUUCUCGGAGCAGCCCUUUCGAGAAGAGCAGCUGCCCGACGAGCUCCGGCUGCCCCUCCAGGAAACCCAGUCCUGA